UGACAAGCACAAACCGAGACAAGGACGAGGACAAGACAGAGGGACGGACGGAAGCCCUCUUUCUCUAUCCUCCCUCCCUCUCCACGGAGGAUGGGCCGGCGCAGCAGCCGACGGUAGCGCUCUUUUUUCGGAUCCAGGAUGAGCGUCGCGCUGCAGGACCUCCGCAACACCAUGUCGAGCUACAAACGAGCCACGCUGGAAGAGGACGAAGUGUCGGACGCUGCGGCCGAGGCGUCCGCGUCCCCCGACAGAAUGGAGGUGGGCUUCAGGAAGAGCGGCGAAGUCGGGCCGGUGGGCCGAAGAACCAGGACGGAGCUUUUGCUGUGCGCCCUGCUCUUUGUCAGUCUCCUGGCCCUGAUGGUUUGCCUGCUGAUCCUCGGAAUCACCUUCCAUCCAGCGGGCGGCGGCGCCGACGGGCUGUGCCUAUCCGAGGCGUGCGUGACGGUGGCCAGCCAGAUGGUGGAGGCCAUGGAUCGCGGCGCCGACCCCUGCCGAGACUUCUACCAGUUCGCCUGCGGGGGCUGGAUGCGCAAGAACCCGCUCCCGGACGGACGCUCGCGCUGGUCCACCUUUAACAGCAUCUGGGAGCAGAAUCAAGCGCUCCUCAAACACCUGCUCGAGAACGCCACCUUCAACGGCACCAGCGAGGCCGAGAAGAAGACGCAGUCGUACUAUCUGUCUUGCCUCAACACACAGAAGAUCCAAGAGCUGGGAGCGCAACCUCUCGUCGACCUCAUCGCCAAGGUCGGGGGAUGGAACCUGACGGGACCUUGGGACAAAGACAACUUCAUGGAAGUCUUGAAGGCGGUGUCGGGGCCGUACCACGCGCAGCCCUUCUUCAGCGUCGGUGUCAGCACCGACCCCAAGAACUCCAAUAGCAACGUCAUCCAGGUGGACCAGGCGGGGUUGUUCCUGCCUUCCCGGGACUAUUACCUCAACAAGACAGCCAACGAGAAGGUUCUGCUGGCGUACCUGGACUACAUGGUGGAGCUAGGAAGCCUCCUAGGGGGCUCGCCGGCCUCCACGCCGGUCCAGAUGCGGCAGCUCCUGGAUUUUGAGACGCAACUGGCCAACAUCACCGUGCCGCAGGAUCAACGGCGAGACGAAGAGAAAAUCUACCACAAGGUCACCAUCGCCGAGCUUCAGGCGCUGGCGCCGGCUGUGGAUUGGCUGGACUUGCUGUCGUCGUGCCUGUCGCCCUUGGAGCUCAACGACAGCGAAGCCGUGGUGCUCUACGCCAAGGAAUAUCUGCAACAAGUCUCCCAACUCAUCAACAAGACGGACAACAGCUUGUUGAACAACUACAUGAUGUGGACUCUGGUCCAGAAGAACGUGGCCAGUCUGGAUCAACGCUUUGAGAACGCUCAAGAUAAACUGCUGGAAAGUCUCUACGGCACUAAGAAGUCCUGCACGCCGCGCUGGCAGACGUGCAUCGGUAACACGGACGACACGCUGGGCUUCGCGCUGGGGGCGCUCUUCGUCAAAGCCACUUUCGAUAAACACAGCAAAGACAUCGCGGAGGAGAUGAUCGAAGAGAUCAGAGCGGCGUUCAAACGAGCUCUGGAGCGACUCGACUGGAUGGACGACGACACUAGACGGGCCGCCAAAGAAAAGGCGGAUUCCAUUUACGACAUGAUCGGCUUCCCUGAAUUCAUCCUGGAUCCCAAAGAACUGGACGACGUUUACGAUGGGUACGAGGUUUCCGAAGAAAGUUUCUUCCAGAACAUGUUGAAUUUCUACAACUUCUCUUCUCGAGUCAUGGCUGACCAGCUGAGGAAAACGCCCAACAAAGACCAGUGGAGCAUGACCCCGCCCACCGUCAACGCGUACUACAUGCCCACCAAGAACGGAAUCGUUUUCCCGGCCGGAAUUCUUCAGGCUCCGUUCUACGCCCGGGACCAUCCCAAGUCAGUUUCACAGUUGUUUGCGGAGGACGUUUCAGCUUCCAUCUUCUUCAUCAACAAAGUCAUCUUAACGGCCAAGCGUCUUCUUAAACACGUUUUGCAUAACACAAUUGCUCCCAAAAAUCUGCAGAUGAAACGUCUUCCGGUCGCCGGUGACAAAAUGAUGUCCGUCGCUCUUCUCUCAUCGUCCGUGUACCCGAGGGCUCUGAACUUCGGGGGCAUCGGUGUGGUGAUGGGUCACGAGCUGACGCACGCCUUCGAUGACCAAGGCCGCGAGUACGACAAAGAGGGUAACCUUAAGCCUUGGUGGCGAAACUCCUCGGUGGACGCCUUCCGCCAAAGGACCGAGUGCAUGGUGGAGCAGUACGACAGCUACGCCGUCAACUCGGAGCGCGUCAACGGCAAGCAGACGCUCGGGGAAAACAUCGCUGACAACGGAGGCCUCAAGGCCGCCUACAACGCGUAUCAGAUGUGGAUCCGCAAGAACGGAGAGGAGAAGCGACUUCCUGCGGUCAACCUGACCAACGAGCAGCUCUUCUUUGUUGGUUUUGCUCAGGUAUGGUGCUCGGUGCGAACCCCGGAGAGCGCCCACGAAGGUCUGGUGACCGACCCGCACAGUCCGCCCCGCUACCGCGUCAUCGGCACGCUCAGCAACUCGGCCGAAUUCAGCCGCCAUUUCGGCUGCCCCGUAGGAACCCCCAUGAACACCGGGAGGCGCUGCGAGGUCUGGUAGGCCCGACCGGGCGGGGCGGGACAGUGCGCUUCUUCCCUCUUAACUUAUUCGAAGGCUUCCGGACGCCGCGCCGAGUGAAAAACGACGACCAAGAUUGUACUUUUGAGAUGAAUUUAUGUCAUUGUUUGAUGACAUCACUGUGAUGAUGAAGAAAAUAUUCAAGCCCACACCCGGCGCCUCCUGUCAAUCACUCUCACUCCCCGCCUUCGUCGGGCCGCCGGACGGGCCCAUUCUCAUGGAGCUCACCGAAACUGUCUUUGAAAGUCAUGAAAAGCUGAAAUAGUUGAAAGAUGCUUAUUUCUACAGGCCGCUGUUUCUAAAGCGGCACAUGUCGAAGAUUACGGCAACAUUUUAAACACAGUUUAAAAUGUGGUGCGAACAUUUAUCCCUCUGUCCCUCUGCCUUCCACAUUUACAACAAUAUUUAGCAACUUUAAAUGUUGAUUUCUGUAAUGAAGGAAUCUGACCUUUUUGCGAGAUUGCCGGAAUCAAACUAGCCGAACCGCCGGACACGCGCUGGCGCAGAGCCAGAGACCCGGGCCGGCGAGAACCCGGCCAAAAGGCCAAACUCCACGCGUUCACCUUAGUCUUAACCCCUUGUACUGACUCCAUCUUAAAAGCUGGGAAAAAAUGCUUCAAAGCACAUGUUCACAAUUUAUUCAAGUCGACAGCGAUCAAACGGCAAAGCGAAACAGAAACUGAUGCGAGGAGGCAGACUCGUUCCAAGGUCACCAUAUCACAAGUCAACAAAAGGUUCUCAAGAAAAAAUGACAACGAUUAGUUAAACAUUGUCUUUUUGAAGGCUCUCGCAGGGGUGGUUGUGUGCAGAACAAGUGUGUGCUUGGGCAUUGUUUAGGAUUAUAGUCUGUUUGUGGAUUGGACAGGAAGAUUCGGGAGUUACUGUUGUCAGGACAACGAGGGUUGUGGAUUUUGCCACCUCAGCAUCAAAGGGGCUCUUGAAGUCUUAUCGGUCGUGUUAUCAGUUGGCUAUCAGGCGUUCUCCGGUGUUGCAUGUGUUGAGACAGGACGUCCAGCCAUUUUUUUCCGGACUGUCUGGGAGAACAGUCUGUAGAUGUCUUGCCCCUUCCGGGAGUUGAUGGUGCAGACGUGGGCUUGUCAGCGUCAAUCUUGCUCAGUCAGUUGCAUGACGCACACGUUGGGCUUCCGUGAUAAGAAGGCGUCAUGUAUCUCUUAUGCCCUAUGGAAAAUACAUUCUGUUCGUUUUCCUUAAACUAUAAGUGCUUUUUACUUUAUAUUGGGUGUGUUAGAGUAAUUCAAACAGUCAAUCGGUAAAUACGGGAAAAGAUACUAUUUAUUUCAGCGUUGACAAUUGGGGUGGGGGGGUUAGCCGCAGUGAGCCACACGGUUGCUAACCCUCAUAUGGUCUUGUUUAGCCACAACUUCAUUCAUUACCUUAUCACUGUUCAUCCUUGACAUAGCUUCUGGAAACAGAAAUGUUAUUUAAUCCAUCUGCAGGCGACCAGGAGAUUGAGUUUUUUAUUGAUUGAUGAUUUUACGACACUGUGCGGGCGUGCGCUGGUCCUCAUGGGAAACACAGUCUUCCUUAAGGCAAAACACUGCCGCUUUUGUCCACCAGCUUCGCUAAAAUCAACCAAAACUGAAAAGUUACCUGGUGUUGCUUUAAAGGGACAUCAGGGAGUUUGUCACACUUUUUCAUACUCACGACUGUCAAAGCGUGACUGCAGCUUGUGCAAGGCACCUCGGCACACUUGUACGAGCACAAACAUGAAGCGACGAGUUGCCAAGUGUUGCUUUAAAUCUAAAUAUAAAUCCUGAAUCUUAAACAUAAACCGUAAAUCUAAAUCGUAAUUAUCCAUCCAUCCAUCCAUUAUCUUCCGCUUGUUCCGGGGUCGGGUCGCGGGGGCAGCAGCUUUAACAGGGAAGCCCAGACUUCCCUCUCCCCAGCCACUUCAACCAGCUCCUCCGGCGGGAUCCCAAGGCGUUCCCAGGCCAGCCGAGAGACAUAGUCUCUCCAGCGUGUCCUGGGUCGUCCCCGGGGCCUCCCGCCGGUGGGACAUGCCCGGAACACCUCUCCAGGGAGGCGUCCGGGAGGCAUCCGAACCAGAUGCCCGAGCCACCUCAGCUGGCUCCUCUCUACGCGGAGGAGUAGCGGCUCGACGUCGAGUCCCUCCCGGAUGACCGAGCUUCUCACCCUAUCUCUAAGGGAGAGCCCGGACACCCUGCGGAGGAAACUCAUUUCGGCCGCUUGUAUCCGGGAUCUUGUUCUUUCGGUCACGACCCAAAGCUCGUGACCAUAGGUGAGGGCAGGAACGUAGAUCGACUGGUAAAUCGAGAGCUUUGCCUUUCGGCUCAGCUCCUUCUUCACCACUACGGACCGGUGCAGCGUCCGCAUUACUGCAGACGCCGCACCGAUUCGCCUGUCGAUCUCCCGCUCCCUCCUACCGUCACUCGUGAACAAGACCCCAAGAUACUUGAACUCCUCCACUUGCGGCAGGAUCUCAUCCCCGACCCGGAGAGGGCACUCCACCCUUUUCCGACUGAGGACCAUGGUCUCGGAUUUGGAGGUGCUGAUCUUCAUCCCAACCGCUUCACACUCAGCUGCGAACCGCUCCAGUGAGAGUUGGAGGUCACGGCUUGAUGAAGCCAACAGCACUAAAUCAUCUGCAAAAAGCAGAGAUUCAAUGCUGAGGUCACCAAACCGGACCCCCUCAACGCUUCGGCUGCGCCUAGAAAUUCUGUCCAUAAAAGUUAUGAACAAAAUCGGUGACAAAGGGCAGCCUUGGCGGAGUCCAACCCUCACUGGGAACGAAUUCGACUUACUGCCGGCAAUGCGGACCAGAGUCUGACACCGGUCGUACAGGGACCGAACAGCCCUUACCAAGGGGCUCGGUACCCCGUACUCCCGGAGCACCCUCCACAGGAUUCCCCUAGGCACACGGUCGAACGCCUUCUCCAAAUCCACAAAACACAUGUAGACUGGUUGGGCGAACUCCCAUGCACCCUCGAGGACCCUGCUGAGGGUGUAGAGCUGGUCCACUGUUCCACGGCCGGGACGAAAACCACACUGCUCCUCCUGAAUCCGAGAUUCGACUUCCCGACGGACCCUCCUCUCCAGCACCCCUGAAUAGACUUUACCGGGGAGGCUGAGGAGUGUGAUUCCUCUAUAAUUGGAACACACCCUCCGGUCCCCCUUUUUAAAAAGGGGGACCACCACCCCGGUCUGCCAAUCCAGAGGCACUGUCCCCGAUGUCCACGCGAUGUUGUAGAGGCGUGUCAGCCAUGACAGCCCUACAACAUCCAGAGCCUUUAGGAACUCCGGGCGGAUCUCAUCCACCCCCGGGGCCUUGCCACCGAGGAGCUUACCAACCGCCUCAGUGACUUCAACCCCAGAGAUCGAAGAGCCCACCUCAGAGUCCCCAGACUCUGCUUCCUCAAAGGAAGGCGUGUCGGUGGAAUUGAGGAGGGCUUCGAAGUAUUCUCUCCACCGACUCACGACGUCCCGAGUCGAGGUCAGCAGUACACCAUCUUCACUAUACACAGUGUUAAUAGUGCACUGCUUUCCUCUCCUCAGACGCCGGAUGGUGGACCAGAAUUUCCUCGAAGCCAUCCGGAAGUCGUUUUCCAUGGCCUCACCGAACUCCUCCCAUGUCCGAGUUUUUGCCUCGGCGACUGCCGAGGCCGCAGCCCGCUUGGCCAGCCGGUACCUGUCAGCUGCCUCCGGAGUCCCACAGGCCAAAAAGGCCCGAUAGGCCUCCUUCUUCAGCUUGAUGGCAUCCCUUACCGCUGGUGUCCACCAGCGGGUUCGGGGAUUGCCGCCACGACAGGCACCAACCACCUUACGGCCACAGCUCUGAUCGGCCGCCUCAACAAUGGAGGUGCGGAACAUGGCCCACUCGGACUCAAUGUCCCCCACCUCCCCCGGGACAAGGGAGAAGUUCUGCCGGAGGUGGGUUUUGAAACUCUUUCUGACAGGGGAUUCUGCCAGACGUUCCCAGCAGACCCUCACAAUACGUUUGGGCCUGCCAGGUCUGGCCAGCAUCUUCCCCCGCCAUCGGAGCCAACACACCACCAGGUGGUGAUCGGUUGACAGCUCCGCCCCUCUCUUCACCCGAGUGUCCAAAACAUGCGGCCGCAAGUCCGAUGACACGAUUACGAAGUCGAUCAUCGAACUGCGGCCUAGGGUGUCCUGGUGCCAAGUGCACAUAUGGACACCCCUAUGUUUGAACAUGGUGUUCGUUAUAGACAAACCGUGACGAGCACAGAAGUCCAAUAACAGAACACCACUCGGGUAAAUCGUAAUUAUAAAUCUGGAAUGUCAAAUCUAAAUAAUAUAUUCAUAUCUAAAUCUAAAUCCUAAAUGUUGAAACAGGUGAAACUAAAUAUUUACCUAAUAUGCAAAUUCAAAUGACCGUAGACCGGAAGUAACAGACUGUGGUCAGAGAAAAAAAACCUACUCAAUAGCAUUGUGACAAUAACAAUAUCUAGGUACAAAUUUGAAAUAUAUUUUGUGUUUUUCGUGUUACUUUUAAAUAAGUAGGCCUACGUAUACGUGAGGCCAAUAUUGACUAAUCCAAAUAGAGAUUUGUGUACGUCGCCCUCUAGUGGUGGCCAGAGGUGGGUAGUAACGGUUGACAUUUACUCUGUUUCAUUUACCAGAGCAGAGGUGGGCAAACCGGUCCUCGAGGGCCGCAGUGGGUCCUGGUCUUUGUUCAAACUUAUUCAGAACAGACAGUUUAGCCAAUGAGGUAUCAGUGGAAACAAGAAGCACCUGACUGAAAUCUACUGAUUGCACUUGUAAGAAACCGGAUUGGUGAAAGGCUGUCCUCAUGAUGGGUAUGAACAAAAACCCGCACCCACUGCGGCCCAUUGUGGAAUAGUUUGCCCACCCCUGUACUAGAGUCAUUUUUUUGAGAAAAAUGUACUUCUUACAAUAGUUUUACCAUGCAAUACUUUUUACUUGAGUGGCUUUAUGUAGAAGAACCACUACUCCUACUCAGCUACAAUAGAGUCGUUACAUUUUUCCUCUUCAGUCUUCAUAUGAACUUUAUUUUUUGCCAGAGAUGCUGACAGCAGCGGUCUCAGCUUCCCCAUAUUUUUUUUUCCACUAGAGGGCACUCGUGCUCUUUUUACUCACAAUAUUACUUACUACUUGAGUAUUCUUUUCAACGAAUACUUUUUUACUUGUAUUUGAGUACAUUUUUGGAUGACUACUUUUAGUUUUACACAGUGCUUAAUUUGUAAAUCAUAAGGUGCCGGAACGCAAUGUACAUUUGACAGCGCAGGGAUGACGAGACAGGCACAGGUCCUGGAACAUACGCAGAAAAUGGUGCUGAAAACAACAAGCAAAUGCCCACUUUCCAUGCUGUUGGACAUUCAAGCCUCAAUUUCAGAUAAUAUUCAUGGUAUAAAUGCUAUGAAAACAAAUUCCAAUUAAUUACGCUCUACUCUGCACAGCACGGGCGAUUGCCUACAUAACCACAGAUGGGAUUUACAGUUCACAGUCAGCAGUUAAUUUCUCAACAGGUCUAACUUGUAAAACAUAAAACAAAGUCAGAGAUUAUGUGACGGGCACACGCAGGUCCACGUGUGCGAGGCGGUGCGUGGAAAACCUUCUGUCCGAUGCCUUCAAGUAGGGACGCUGACCCUGGCUUGACCUUAUUGGCGUAGUGGUUAGCGUCCCUGCACUGUUGAUGUGGAGCGCGUCAUGCAGCGCGGCGUGGGUUCGUAUCCCAGCCUGGUCAGAGAGGUGGAAGCAGAUAGCAUCGCAGCGGGUUUCAAACCAGUUACAUUUACAAUAAAUAGCACAAGCCCUUUCUUUUGCUAGUUUCAUCACCCCCGUCUUCUCUGGCCCAAGGUUCCCACCGCCUUACAAAUUGUGCAGCCCAAAACCCAAAUUUCCCAAAAGGGUACUGGCCUGUUGCUCCGGCUGUUGGUGUGUCACCUGGCUUACAGCCGGCGCCGUAGCUGUACCCCACUCUGGGUGGCGCUGAACCUGACCAGCUGCUGCUACGGUAGCAGCCUCCUGCCCCGGCUUGGCUGGCUUUCCGUAAAGAUGGCUAGCUGCCGCAGCGCUAGCCUCCUGCUGCACCCGGUCCAGCCCGUUAACAUGAUCGCUGCAGCUGCCCUCAUCGCUGGUUGUUGCUUUUCUGCUUUAUCUGCUUUUCUUUUCUGCUUUUUUUAAUGUCAGGGGCGUAAUUUGUUAGUCCAGCUUUUCCGUGCAUCAACAAAUCUGACUCUUUCAAAUGACGUCAAUUUUUUAUAAACAACAUGCAAUUCUUGGGAUUUGUUCUGUAAAUAAAUUUAUGCAUAUUAUUAUUUUAUACAUUUUUUUAAAAACGUUUUUAUAUUAUUAUUAUUUUCAUUAAACGAGAGGUGCCGGAUCUGCCCAAAUGAGUCCCGGAACACCGGGGGGGCCAAAUCAAGAGGUGCCAGAUCUUGUUCCGGCAGGAUCCGGCAAAAACCCUGGUCAUGUUAUUUAGAACUAACGCUACUUUUACUCAAAGGGGAAGUUCAGGAUGUUUUUACAUCAGGCUUAAUCUUGGAGUUAUCGAGGGUUUAAUUAGUUGGUGGAUUUAAUUAGUUUGUUAGUUAUUUGUUAGUUUCAGGGCUCCGGAGUGGCUAAGCUAGCACGGGGCAAUUGGGCCAUCUUUGCAUGCCGAUAAAAAAACAACAUGAAAAUCAUCAAUGACCUCUGCAAUCAAUAGUGUUGGCUAUGUUCUCAGGAUAAAGAGUUUUAAACUUACCAUUGCAUGUGAAUAAUUGCACUAUGAACAGCAACAUUUGUAAUCCGGAAGCUAUGCAGAGCAGCAGGGCGGAGUGAUAUCACAUCAGGUUUUUUUCACCGCUAAUUUUUGAUGUGGUAGCCAGCAGCAAGUGACCAGUUUUAUUGUUCCUCGCUCAUCACAGGGAAUUUGUAGAAACUUUGCCCAUUUCUUCUGUCUGUUUCCACAGCCUCUAAAUGCACAUUUCACCAUGUUGCCGGUCAUCAGUUAAUUCAGCAGAGUGAUGCUGCAUUCGAGGAAGGUGGGAAGUCAGAGCUUCCAACCUCCAAUCUGGAAAAACAUCAUUGGAAUGCCUCCACUAUUUGAUCGCUCAAGAGAAGGCAGGUUUGCUGGAGGUCAAAAUGUCUUUUGCUGGCUAAAAUAAAAAACAACAUGUCACGAUCAGCCAUCUUUGCUGUUUUCAUUCACUCGGAACACUUUGAGGUCGCAAUUGGUACCCUCUGAGCGGGAUAAGUCCGACUUCCCACCUUCCUCGAAUGCAGCGUGAGCACGAGUGGCCGAAGCGCUCCUCUCUAUUGUGGUCAUGUUACGCAUCUAAAAAAAACAGGCCUGCAGAAUGAAAUGAAUUAUGGCAGUUUGGUUUAACAUUGUUUUGGCUGCAUGGGUGUUUUGCAAUUUAUUUGACUAUAUUGGAUCUGUUCAUAGAUCUGUAUCGUUUUAAAAAAAAAAAAAAAAUUUAUUGGCAUGCUGUGAAGGUGCCAUUGACUAGCGCUAGCUUAGCCACCCUGGAACCCUGAAAUGAAUAAAUAACUAACAAACGGCACAGAAUUUGUUGAAAUCAACCCCACCAACUCGAAGAUUAAGCCUAAUGUCAAAAAUUGUGAACUUCCGCAUUAUGUAAAAUUUUUGUUUACCCACCUCUGGUGGUGGCCGCCGUUGCUGGGGCAGCAGCAAUCCCAGUGUCAGUCAAUGUAAACGGUAACGUUAGCUGCCGAUGGCGCUGUCACUGUCACAGAGCCCGUAGAAAAGACAAAUAAUACAUUUUAAAUCAAGUGUCUCCAAAUGUGUAUUUGUACUUUAAUAUUGUUAUUAUUACAAUGAUCCAUGAUUGCCGCUUUUGAGUAGAUUUUUUUCCCCCAUUAACAACAAUCUGAGCUCAACCAUCUUUUAUUUUAUUUCUUCCAAUCACCACUGAUUUGAAUUUGCAUAUUAGCAAAAUAUAAAUUUUACUCAUUUCAACAUUUAGGGUUCAGAUUUAACAUUUAUGAUUUUGAUUUAAGAUUUCAUGUAAAUACUGUACUUACGAUUUAGAUGUACGAUUUAUAUUUAAAAUUUAGAUUUAGGACAUAUAUAUAUAUAUAUAUAAAUAUAUGGCAGAACACAGUCAGGUGACUUGAUGUUUCUCUCUGAGACCCCCAAUUUGGCCAAAUUUUAAAAAUGUCCAAUAUGCAUGAGUGAUACAUCAUUGGAAAGCUUAAAAUCUUAAUUUUCUAGGGGAAGAAAAAUUUUGAACAGGACAUUUUUCGCCCCCAAUUUUUUUUUUUUAACAGCAAAACCCUAUCUGGAGGUGAGAGCACGCGAGAGCAGAAUUAAAGACGCCAAGAUUUUAACGAGAUAUUAUCACGUACUUACCUCUUUUCGAUCCAAAAACUCCAUGUAGCAUGUAUCAGCGGGUGUCAAGACACAGCUGCGAAUGGCCAGAGCCACAUUUUUGGGGGAUUUCAUGGGUGAAACAUGGUAAUAUAACAAGGGUCGAGAUGCAGAAAUCGCAGACAUCAAGGAGUGGUUGAGAUUUUCUUUUUUUUAUAUAUUUACCCUUUUAAACUUUUUUUUCCCCAAUUUUGCUUUGUUUGGAUCAAUUAUCAUCUAUCAUAUCGGGGAAAAUGCAACAGUAACAAAAAAAAUACAAUUAAGCAAUAGUUAUGAGGUAGAUAUCCGUGACUUUUUUACAGAUGCCAUUUUUUCAAUUUGACGUAAUUUGUUUAAAAGUUUAAAAUAUGCGAGUGAAUAAUUUUUUAAAGUUGUUUUUUUUUAACGAAAUAUUGGACAAUGAUUCUAAGCUAAAAAUGACAGACAUUUUGAAUAAUUAAUAUAAUUACUUACCUUCUUUUUAAGGCUGGGUUGAAACAAGCGAUUGCGCGACGUCUCUAAACGGGGGUUUCCAGGGUAAAAGGGACAAAUCAAAAAUGGUUCGGAGGCUUCAUGCGCCAUGAAUCUGCUUAGCAGCAUAUUGUUCUGUCAAACACAACAGUUGUUUUGGCUUAAAAUACAGCAGUUUCUUUUAUAGAGGGUUGCAAGAGCAGAAACUGCUUUUGCAGUCUUGUCUGUGUUUUCUGCCAUAUAUACUUCAUAUUUAGAUUUAACAUUUGGAUUCAAAAUUUAGAUUCAAAUUAAAUAUUUAGUUCUGGAUUUCAACAUUUAAAGCCACACUAGGUAACUUUUUCACCUUUAAAAAUAUUUUCACAACAUUUGUAAAGACACAACGACAGACUAGUUGAAUGACACCUCUUUUAUAGUAUCUUGAGGGGCUCUGUAUCGCUUUCACAGCACUUAUUAUCUUUGAGGAGGGUGGCAGGAACCCUGCCACACAAAAAAAAACUACAAAUGUGCAGACUGCUUUACAGCCUACGUCACUUCCCCCUUUCCCCAUUCAUUAUAAAGAUGGAAGUCGAUGCGAACGCUUUCACGCAAAUUCCGCAAAGAUGGCAGAGCAACAAAAGAGACAAAAAGUUUUGUCUGAGGAGGAAAAAAAGGGAGGCUAGGAUAAAAUGAUACUCGAGAAUAAAAAUUGGCCCGGCUUUCACUCACUGGCUUGACACCUCCCGCUCAACUGAACUCGUCAGCGCUGACGAGUCGGGUGGGAAGGUUAGCCACACUAUGCCACAGCAUUGCUAACCGUCAUAUGCUUUAGCCACAACUGGAUUCAUUGCUAUUCAUCCUUCACACAGCCACUAGAAACAGAAAUGUCAUUUAAUCCAUCUGCAGGCGACCGGGAGAUCAUGAUUUCAUGAUGGGAAAUGCAGUCUUCCUGAAGGCAAAACAUUACCGCUUUUGUCCACCGGCAUCGCUAAAAUCGACCAAAACUGAAAAGUUACCUAGUAUUGCUUUAAGUGGCUAAAUAUUGUUGUAAAUGUGCAAAAAAGAGUGACUCUAGAAUGUUCACACCACUUUACUAACACUGUGUAGCGCUAAAUGUGACAAAAUGUUGUCGUAAUCUUCGGCAUGUGCCGCUUUACAAACGGCGUCCCAUAUAUGUCUGAGUCUCAGUCCGCCAUUUCUACCCAAAAUUUGAUUUUCAAGUGGUACACUGACGACAGUACUGCAUCCGAGAAAAGCUUUGAUAUUUUCACCUCAAAACAGCAUCAUAAAUGUUCAAUCCAUUUCAUACAAAAAUAUAUAAAUUGGUUUAAAGCUAUAUCAUUGAACAAAUUGAUUUUUUUUAAUAUAUAAAGUAAGAAACCAUCCUAAGUACAGUCCAAACUUGCAGCUUUCAUUACCGUGACACUGUGUUCAUGGUCUCAAAGUUAUUCUGACCCAUCAAGGCAAGACAAAUGAUGGCUACAAGGUAAGAUUGUUAGGCCUUUUUUGAUAUUGUUAAUGUUUGUUAUGUUUACAUAUG